CGCGCAGAGGCGCCCAGGGAACGCUGAGAAUCAGAUCAGCCGGUCGGUCGGUGAGCAGUGACACAGGCCGCCGAGAGCACCGGCGUUGAACCGCACAACCGAGCCUUUUGCUUUCAGCGACGGUUGCUUCUCCCGUGGACUAACGCUACUGGAAGUUGUAUGCAACAGUUCAGACGGACGGAGAGAGGGUCAGACCAGCCGUCCACCAUGUCGGGGAGCAGGGAGGAGGAGAGGAGGAAACUGGCCGACAUCAUCAACCACUGGAACGCCAACCGGCUCGACCUGUUCGAGAUCAGCCGGCCCACAGAGGACUUGGAGUUCCACGGGGUGAUGCGGUUCUACUUCCAGGACCGCGUCGCCGGUAACUUUGCCACCAAGUGCAUCCGAGUGUCCAGCACAGCGACAACGCAGGACGUCAUCGAGACGCUGGCGGAGAAGUUCCGACCCGACAUGAGGAUGCUGUCCUCGCCAAAGUACUCGCUCUAUGAGGUCCACGUCAGCGGCGAAGAGCGUCAGCUGGACCUGGACGAGAAGCCGCUGGUUGUGCAGCUGAACUGGAACAAAGACGACAGAGAGGGACGCUUCGUCCUGAAGAAUGAGAACGACAUCCUCCCUAAGAAGAGCCAGAGUAAUGGUCCGGAGAAGGAGAAGGACGGCGUGAUCCAGAACUUCAAGAGGACUUUAUCCAAGAAGGAGAAGAAGAAGGAGAAGAAGAGGGAGAAGGAGUUCGCCCGGAUCCCCGAUGGAGACGAGCAUACGCUCACCCGGGAGGACGGGGAAAACAGUCGUCUGGCGGCAGAGGUUUACAAGGACAUGCCGGAGACCAGCUUCACCAGGACAAUCUCCAACCCGGAGGUGGUGAUGAAGAGGAGACGCCAGCAGAAACUGGAGAAACGCAUGCAGGAGUUUAUGAGCGGCGAUGGGAGGCCCGACUCAGGAGGGACUUUGCGGAUAUACGCCGACAGCCUGAAACCCAACAUCCCAUACAAGACCAUCCUGCUCUCCACAAGAGACACGGCAGACUUUGCUGUGGGGGAGGCGCUGGAGAAGUACGGUCUGGAGAAGGAGAACCCCAGAGAGUACUGCAUCGCCCGGCAAGAGGAUAAGUCAAGCAAAGAAGUGAUUCUGGACGAUGCUGAGUGUCCACUGCAGAUCUUCAGAGACUGGCCUGCUGACAGAGGAGCGCUGGUGUUCCAGCUGAAGAAGAGGCCUCCAGACUACCAGGGGAGGAAGGGAAGGAAAGUGGACGACAAGGGCCUGCGAGGCAGCAGCAGCACCAGCUCACUGCCUCCAGAGAAACUGCCUUACUUGGUGGAGCUGAGCCCAGGCCGAGGGAAUCACUAUGCCUACUACGCCUAUCGGCACCACGAAGACGGGUCCGACUCCCGCGACAAACCAAAGCUCUACCGGCUUCAGCACAGCAUCACCGAGGUGGGCUCGGACUGCACGGAGGACGGAGCCAUCCAGCUGCUCGGCCCGGGGAUCCUGCCCCACCACUGCGACCUCAUGCACAGCGAAGGCAUGGUGACCGUGACGCCCAGCGGCCCAGACGCCGACACCUUCGUGGACGGGCAGCGACUCAACGAGACCGCGGUGCUUCGUUCGGGCUCCACCCUCCAGUUUGGCUCGGUGCACGUCUUUAAGUUCGUGGACCCGAUGUUCGACCAGGGCGGGAAGAGAGAGCCGGCCGCCAUGAUGAGGAGCCGACACAAGUCCGGCAGUGUACCCGAAACAACCUUCGACCUUCAGGGAGACCUCCACAGUGGAGCUCCGCUGCCCACCAGCAAGAGCUCAGGGGAGAUGGAGCGCGGCAUGGUCAAACCCAUGAUGAGAGGAGAGCAGCAGGACAACAGGUCUCAGGACACUUCAGUAGACCGAACUGAGCUUAUUCUGCCAGCCGGCAUCGAGUUCAGAGACAACUCUGAAGACACCUUCCUGUCAGCCAUCAUCAACUACACCAACAGCUCCACGGUCCACUUCAAGCUCUCCCCCACCUACGUCCUGUACAUGGCCUGUCGCUACAUCCUGUCGCCUUCUUACCGGCCCGACAUUUCGCCGUCCGAGAGGACGCAUAAAGUCAUAGCCAUCGUAAACAAGAUGGUGAGCAUGAUGGAGGGAGUCAUUCAGGGGAUUCCUGAAGGGGAUCAGAAGCAGAAGAACAUUGCCGGAGCGCUGGCUUUCUGGAUGGCCAACGCUUCAGAGCUGCUCAACUUCGUCAAGCAGGACAGAGACCUGAGUCGCGUCACGCUGGACGCCCAGGACGUCCUUGCUCAUCUGGUCCAGAUGGCAUUCAAAUACCUGGUCCAUUGUCUCCAGGCUGAUCUGAACAACUACAUGCCGGCCUUCCUAGACGACCCCGAGGAACAUAACCCACAGAGACCCAAGAUCGAGGACGUCCUGCACACCCUGACAGGGGCGAUGUCGCUGCUGCGGCGCUGUCGGGUCAACGCCGCGCUGACCAUCCAGCUCUUCUCGCAGCUCUUCCACUUCAUCAACAUGUGGCUCUUCAACAAGCUGGUGACGGACACCGACUCGGGUCUGUGCUGUCACUACUGGGGGGCCAUCCUCCGGCAGCAGCUCAGCCACAUCGAGGCCUGGGCAGAGAAACAGGGCCUGGAGCUUGCCGCCGACUGCCACCUCAGUCGAAUUGUUCAGGCCACCACCCUGCUGACCAUGGACAAAUACUCCAUGCAGGAUGUGCAGAACAUCCACAACACCUGCUUUAAGCUCAACUCCCUGCAGCUCCACGCUCUCAUGACCAACUACCACUGUGCUCCGGACGAGCCUUACAUCCCGCCUGAGCUGAUAGACCAUGUGGUGGCGGUGGCAGAGAACACUGCAGAUGAGCUGGCGAGGAGUGACGGGAGAGAGGUUCAGCUGGAGGAGGAUCCGGACCUCCAGCUGCCCUUCCUCCUUCCGGAGGACGGCUACUCCUGCGAUGUGGUGCGCAGCCUCCCCAAUGGCCUGCAGGACUUCCUGGAGCCGCUGCUGCAGAGAGGUUUCUGUAGGUUAGUGCCCCACCCCCGUUCGCCUGGCACUUGGACCGUCCACUUUGAAGGAGCUAACUGCGAUAGCCACUUCUCUGCUGCCGACAGUUCUGAGAUGCCAAUGAGGAAAGACCCGGAGGUUGUCACGGUAACCCUGAAGAAGCACAACGGCAUGGGCCUCAGCAUCGUUGCUGCCAAGGGUGCUGGUCAGGAGAAGCUGGGCAUCUACGUCAAGUCAGUUGUCAAAGGAGGAGCAGCUGAUGUGGACGGCCGUUUGGCUGCAGGUGACCAGCUGCUGAGCGUGGAUGGGCGCAGCCUGGUUGGUCUGUCACAAGAGAGGGCAGCGGAGUUGAUGACGAGGACGGGCUCAGUUGUGACUCUGGAGGUCGCCAAGCAGGGAGCCAUUUACCACGGACUGGCCACUCUCCUUAACCAGCCCAGCCCCCUGAUGCAAAGAGCAGCAGACCGAGGCCGUGACAAAAACGGGAAACUGCGACCAAAGAGUGAAGGCUUUGAGCUGUACAACAACUCGGUGCAGAACGGCUCACCCGAGAGUCCGCAGGGCGGCUGGGACUCUUACCCCGAACCAAAGAAGAUGAGCGGGGACGAUCGACUCUUCAAGAACCGGGCCGACCACCGCUCUAGCCCCAACGUAGCCAAUCAGGGCCAGAGCCCUGCAGGAAAAGCGGUAUACCCCGGAGGACCCGGCACCAAGAUCACCUCAGUCUCUACCGGGAACCUGUGUGCAGACGAUGAGCCUUCCCCACCCCGUCCUGAGGCCUACCCCAUCCCCACCCAGACCUACCCCAGGGAGUACUUUACCAUCCCGGCCUCCAAGAGCCAGGAUCGUGUUGUUGUCGUUCCGGGGCAGGGGCCCUCACAGCACUGGCAGGGCGUGGAGGACAGAGAACAUCUUCCCGUGGUCGACAACCUUCACAACAACAACAACAGCAGCAUGCAGCGUAUAAACCACUCCCAGGAGGAGUUGUACCCUCCACCAGUAGGUCUGAGGCCAGACGAGCGCAUGCAGCCACACUACCAGCAGGACUACCAGCCCCGGGACCUGGACUACCAGCACAGAGAUCUUGACUAUCCGAGAGGUCCAGCAGGAGGUGUCGGAGGUCCUGACCACUGGGCCCCUCAGCCGCAGGUGUCUUCCUCGGUGGAGUCAUCCACGUCCAGCCAGGAGCACCUGAACUUUUCGGCCUCCUCGUCUUCCUCCAACAAGACCACGAACCAGAAGACGGGCCCGGGCCGAUGGAAAACGCCCAACGCCCCUCACGCCGCGCCGCAGCAUGCGGCCCAGACGCCGUCUCGGUCGGACCUGCCCCCUCCUCCACCCCCGCCGCCGGCCGCUUACCCAGACGCCUACGACGCUUACGAGCCUCAACCGGAGUUACCGCUCCCGCCGCCUCCCGCUGCCCUUAAUGCCGUAGCGGCCCAGCAAGCUGCGGACCGCAAGAAACGCGAGGAGCAACAACGCUGGUAUGAGAAGGAGAAAGCGCGGCUAGAAGAAGAGAGGUGGGGGGAGAGGAAGAGGAGAGAGCAAGAGAGGAAGUUGGGUCAGAUCCGGGCCAACCCAGUCAUGCCUGUCCAACCUCACAACAACGGCGGGUCCAUGCCUCCUCCUCACCACCAGCCCCCUCUGCCUUCCGUGGCCCCGCCCCAGCCCUACCUCCCCCCACAGCCUCAGCCCCAGCCUCCCCCAUCCAGACCGGAGAAGCUGUCCAGCCUGCCUCGGUCAGCUGUUCCUCCUCCAGCCAGUGCCUCCAACCCGGGCAUGGACACGGUGAUCAGGGACCUGUUGCCGCAGCAGCAGCCACGGACCAUCGAGAGGCGAGACCUGCAGUACAUCACCAUCAGUAAGGAUGACCCGACGUCCAGCGACAGUCUGUCUCCAGACCCCUGGAAACGAGACGCCCGCGAGAAGGCCGAGAAGCAGCAGCAGCUUCACAUCGUCGACCUGCUGGACAAAGAGAUCCAGGAGCUGCAGUCAAAGCCGGAGCGAACGGCGGAGGAAAGCGACCGUUUGAGGAAGCUGAUGCUGGAGUGGCAGUUCCAGAAACGACUGCAGGAGUCCAAGCAUAGCGACGACGACGAGGAGGAGGAUGACGACGAGGACGUGGACACAAUGAUGAUCAUGCAGAGGCUGGAGGCCGAGAAGAGAGCCAGGCAGCAGAAUGCUGUCCCAGCUAUCUCUGUUCUAGACUUGUUGCAGGACGAAGAACGAAGGCGUAAGCAACAGCUGGAGGAGAUUCGAAAGCGGGAGGCGGAGGAGCGAGCAAAGCAGGAGGAGGAAAGGAGGUGGAGGGACGAGUCUGGAGACAAGAGGAGACAGGAGGAGGUGUACUACACUCGCCUGGAGGCCGAGCGGCGCCGGCAGCACGAGGAGGCCGAGAGAAAGCUGCUGACGCCUGACGAGCCGGCCGGUCUGUAUCGGCCCCCGCUGCCCCGGGACUACCAACCCCCCGCCCCCACCAACCCUACUAACACCCCCCCGCCCCCACCACAGAGAAACACCUCCUACCUCAAAACCCAGGUUGCCUCCCCCGACACGCUCUACACCGCCAAGUUUGUCUCCUACGCGGGCGACGAGGAAGACGAGGAGGAAGCCACAAUGGCGGGCAGUGGUGGCGGCCAUCAAUCAGGUCAGGUGAAGCUGUCGGCGACCCGGAAGUCGUACGGCGACCUCCCGGCCUCCGCCUCCCCCAACCACUGCAGGCCUCAGCUGCCGCCCACUGCGCGCAAGCCCCGCCCUCUUUCUGACGGCAUCUUCCUGUCUGGCUCGUUCCAGCAGCCAUACAACUCCAACAGUACAGGCCCCCCCCUUCCUGCCAAACCCAGCUCCGUCCCCCCAGGAGGCUUUAAAGGGUUUAACUCGUACACUGGAAACUCGGCAGGAGUUGUAGGAUCGGGAGAAGUCUACAACGACCCGCGCGACAAAUGGCCGAAAAGUCAGGAGCAGGAGAACUCGAUCCCAGGAGGCAACCCCGAGAGCAUGACCUUCAAGGAGCGCCAGCGCCUCUUCUCUCAGGGGAAGGAGGUUUCCAACAAGGUCAAGGCUUCACGCAAACUCAUGGAGCUGGAGAACGAGCUCAACACCAAGUAGUAGACCCCCCCCCACCACCAGCGCCCCCCCUACCGGCGGCCUCUCCUCUGUAACAUUGAAGGUGUGUGUGCGACGGAGCCGGUGUUCACUUAUUGACCCCCCCAUCAAACCCCCGUUUCCUCACGUUUGUGUUGUCUGACACCUCCCCCUCCCGUUUUUUUUAUUUUGUUGUUUUAAUCGUUUGAUAACUGGACCAUUCACUUUUUUUGACGUAGCUAUAUCAUUGCGAUGGGAGAGACAUUUAUGGCUUAAAAUUGUUCUUCCCCGAGGUUGAGGUCUUUCAAAGAAAUAUGAUAAGGCACUGUAAAAAAGUUUCAAUUGUAUCUAGUGAGAGUUUGAGAAUCACAUGACAGGGUGAUAUAUUUUUGUUUAUAAGAUGGUUCUUGGGGCGAGGGGAUAGAGAGGCCUAUUCUCAUUUUUAUUUUCUUUUUUUUUAAAUAGCUCACUGAAACAAUUUUAUGUUUUUAUCUUAAUGCUCUUUUUCUUCAUCAUGUUGUUUUCACACUUUUAAUUGCCAGCAGAAAUGCCGGGUCGACCUCCAGACCAAUCUUCGUAUGCUUUUUCCCUUUUUUAAAUUAAAUUGUUAGUAAGUGAAAACACUGUUAAUUAAUUCCUUAGCAAGAAGGCAUUGGGAUUUUUUCUUUUGUGAUGUUUUAGAAAAACUGAAAGAUUAUCCAGAGGACAGUCUGGAGAAAGAUCUUUUAAGUGCACAACCUUACUGUAAAUAUUUGGAUUCACAACUGUCUCACUCUUUUACUACUGUAAAAACCUGCCAGCCUACUAAAACUGCAGAACUAAUGUGAUUGAACAGCAUUUUGGUUACAGAAUAAUAGAUCAGAACUUACUUCUAAAACUGGACUGUUUCUCUGUUGCUUUGUGGAGUUAAUGUUUUAAAUGUCCUGCCCCAAUCUGAGGUAACUCUAAUUGUAUUUUAUUUUAAAUCUAAUAGUAAUUUCUUUGCAGUUGUGUGUGAUUCAUUUGAUUGAUUGUACCUGAAAUUCAAGGCCAGAGAAAGGAUUUCUUCUACUCACUAUGUGAUUGUUGGUUUUCACAAUAAAAAAAAGUAAAUACUCUAAGUCCUCUUUUGCUUAAGAGAUUUUUAUUUCAAACUUUGUUUUUAAUAUUGUAUCUCAAACCUGUUUUGAGAAGUGGAUUGCAGUCAAACCCCCUCGUACUGUAGUGAAAAUCUGUCUCAAGAAGGUAUUUUUUUUUUUUUUACAACAGCAGUAGUUCAGGGUGAUGCGGAUAACUUAUAUUUUUUAGGACUGGACACAACACUGCCUAUGUAGAAAAAGACCACCGUUCAGACCCUGGUAUGUCCCCCACUACUAAAAAAAAACAUAGAAAAUAGUUGUUUUAAAUGUAUUUCUCGUCUGCGGUUUGACUCCAUCCUGUGUGUGGAUUUAAUUAUUUUUCUCUCCAGGAGCCUCCACUAAAAAUGAUUCUACAUGAUGAGAUGCUGUUAAUAUAAGUGACCUGUGAAACACUACAGAAUAAACGAUCUCCUCUCCCCCCAAAAGGUCCUUUUUAAGUUUACAAACUGAAUCAUCUAAAUGGUUUCAUGUUUAGCCUUUUUGUAAAUCAUUAAUAAAUUCACUUUUCAACAGUG